AUGUCAAGAAAGUGAAUUAUAAAUCUAAAAUCAGUUUUCCUUUCCCCUUCCAGCUCCCCUUUAAAUGAGAAUAUAACUUUCAUAAAUGCGUAACUGAUACUGUGUAUCAAGGGUACUGGGCACAGUCCUACAGAUGUGUGGGCGCAGCCCAGGUAGCUGUGACAGCCACUUGCUCUUUGAUGGGUUACGUCCUGAAAGUCACCUAGGCUGAGAAAAAUAUGUUUUGCAGCACUGCUUGGAUCUUUCGAGAUUGGACUUUAGAUUCCCAGAGCUCUUUGGGUUCUUGAUAUCAUUGUCUUCAGGAGAGUCCAACUAGGUGAUAUCUCGCAACGGAGCAGUAAACCUCUAUGGAGCUGUUACCCCCUCUUCCCUGGGAACUUCUGGAGCGCCCAUCUCCCAUGGCUCUCUGAGGGGGAAAAAUGAAAUGGUUCUAACUUCACUUGGGGGCUCGCCAUGGACGACUCAGAAGGACAUCACUUCAGCUCAGUGGAAGAGGAAUCUAGAUACUGGAAAGAGCUGGCUAUGAAGUAUAAGCAGUGUGCUGAAAAUACACAGGAGGAAAUGCGUGAGUUCCAGGAAGGGAGUCGAGAGUAUGAAGCUGAACUGGAGACUCAGCUGCAACAGACAGAGUCCAGAAACAGAGACCUUCUGUCAGAAAACAAUCGUCUGCGAAUGGAACUGGAGUCAGUUAAGGAAAAGAUUGAAAUGCAGCAUUCAGAAGGGUACAGGCAAAUCUCUGCGCUGGAAGAUGACCUGGCACAGACAAAAGCUAUUAAAGAUCAACUUCAGAAAUAUAUUCGAGAACUUGAGCAAGCCAACGAUGACUUGGAAAGAGCAAAAAGAGCCACGAUAAUGUCUUUGGAGGAUUUUGAACAGCGUUUAAACCAAGCUAUUGAAAGAAAUGCUUUUCUGGAGAGUGAACUGGAUGAGAAGGAGAACCUUCUGGAGUCUGUGCAGCGCCUGAAAGAUGAAGCUAGAGAUCUACGACAAGAGCUUGCGGUGCAGAAGAAACAGGAGAAACCCAAAACACCGAUGCGAACCACCCUGGAAACAGAAAGGACAGACACUGCGGUGCAAGCGUCUUUAUCUGUGCCUUCAACCCCUUCAGUACACCGGGCACCCAACAUGAACUUAUCCACCCCUGGGACAUUUAGGAGAGGUUUUGAGGACAGUUGCAGUGCAACCCCUCUCACACCUGCUGCCAGAAUAUCUGCACUUAACAUCGUGGGAGACUUGCUGCGGAAAGUGGGGGCUUUGGAGUCCAAACUUGCAUCUUGCAGAAACUUUGUGUAUGACCAGUCCCCAAACAGAACCAUGGUGUCCAUGUAUAUGAACAGAGAUGUCCUUGAAACACGCCUGAGUCCUCACCAGCCUCUGUGUGAUACAGGGUUAGUGAAACGCCUAGAGUUUGGAACACGGCCUUCGAAUAUUUCAGGGCCUAUGGGCCAUCCCUCACAAGGUGUUGUCAAGAUGCUGCUCUGAAAAGAUUGGCUGGCUUCGGAAAA